AUGGCUACUCACGGAAAACAAUUAAAUGAUGCUAAACGUCUGAAGCUACCAAAGACCGCGUUUACCCUGAGCAAACUACCAGAGUACGAGCUCCUUGACGCUUGUGCUCAUGAGAACCUACUGACUGUGAAUAGUCUAACUAGCGAUAUCGUUCAAGUGAGGUUUGGACGCGAGACUUACGACUACUUUAAGCUUCCCGCAAAGGUUGAUCCACGUCAGAGCAAAAUAGAUGAUUUCUUCUGCAAAACCCCCAAGACCGAUAAAGCAGACAAUGCCACGAGCAAGGUUGACCCAACGGGUGCUAUGGAAGUCAGCGAGAACGAAUGGAUGUUCGACGUGCACAAAAAUGUUUUGUGUGCAACGUCCGCAUUCUUCCAGGCCGCUACAAAGCAAGUAUGGCGGGGCCAACCUCGAAAACCUAUCGAUCUUACCACGGAGAAUGGAGCAGAUUUUGAAUGUUAUGUACAAUGGUUAUACAGUGGCAGAAUCGCGAUAUCCUACAACCCAGAUCCUCAGCAGAAUGACUUAGACGGUUCAUAUCACCCUUUGGACGACCUCAUGGACCAGUACCUCUUCGGGGGUAGGAUCAUGGAUCCAACUUACCAGAAUGCUGUCAUGAAGGUCUUCAUAGACUGCAUAAUUAUGGGACUCCGCUUCGAGGAUGGAAAUGCGUACGCGAUUCAGAAAGCGUACAAAGGCACUAUGGCCGAUGAUCCGAUGCGAAAGCUGCUUUUGGAUUGGUGGGUUUGGACAGCGGAUGAGACUUGGGACGUUUCUGAUAUCAUUGAAGAUACGGGCAAAGAAUUCACCCAGGAGUUGCUGGCUGCUUUGCUGGCGAAGCGGACACAUCCUGGAUGGUUUGGCAAAAAUAGGCACAUGAGGCCAUGGACUGAUCCUCAAGCCCAAGGAGCGUACUACCUUAAAAUUGCCGAUGGCAAGAAGAGCGUUACUGCAUAG